CCUUUUUAGUUUGUAGUGAGACUUUGUGUUGUGCAGACGUUGUUGACUAUUAAAUAGUGAUAAAAUAUACGUUUUUUUUAUAUCGUGCGGUGUUAAACAAAGUCAUGAUUGUAGCAGAGGCUUGGAAGGCGAACUAUCUGCUGUGGAUCCUUCCCGUCGUUCUUCUAAUCGGUCUAAUAUUCAUACUCGGUCUUCUCGUCCUAUUCUUUGGAUUGCGCCUCUACGCCAAACUAACCUGUGGAAGAUACCGUGAGAAGACCAAGAUGGAUGGAAAAACUGUUAUCGUAACUGGAUGCACCAGUGGUAUCGGGAAGGAGACGGCGAAGGAGUUGGCUAAAAGAGGCGCCAAAGUCAUCAUGGCCUGUCGGAGUUUGGAUAAAGCUGAGAAAGUCAAAGAUGAAAUCAUCGAAGCAACAAAAGACGCAAAAGUCAUUGUUAAGAAACUGGACCUUAGUUCAUUCGCAUCGAUCAGAGCAUUCGCGGAAGAUAUCAACAAAUCAGAGAAAACUUUAGACGUGCUAAUCCACAACGCUGGAUACGCGGAAACUUUCAAAAAGGCCCAAUCUGAGGAUGGAAUCGAGUUAACAAUGGCCACUAACCAUUACGGUCCAUUUCUGUUGACCCAUCUCCUUAUAGAUCUGUUGAAGAAGAGUGCCCCAUCAAGAAUCGUUGUAGUAGCAUCUUCCUUAUAUCGUCUAGCAUCCGUAAAUUUGGAAAACCCAAAUCCUUUGGACUCAAUGCCAGCGUAUUUAUACUACGUAUCCAAAGAAGCGAAUAUCUUGUUCACUAGGGAGUUGGCAAGACGUUUGGAAGGCACCGGAGUGACGGCGAAUUGCUUGCAUCCCGGAUUAAUCGACAGUGGAAUUUGGAGGAACGUCCCGGCACCUUUGAGCUGGGGUUUGUCCUUGAUAAACUUCUGCUUCUUCAAAACACCUCUCCAGGGUUGUCAGACAUCAGUUAUGUUGGCGGUAGACGAGAAUCUGGCUAAAGUAACUGGAAAGUACUUCUCAGACUGUCAGGAGAGUUCCAUAUCUAACUCUGCAAGUGACAUGGGUCGAGCUCGGAAGCUGUGGGAGAUUUCUGAGAAGAUGGUCAAAUUGGAAGAGGGCGAGCCUAAGAUUUAAGAUAAUUUUAAACUUAUAAAGACUGUCAGAUCUUCUACCACUUUCUAGACUGGGGUUGUCCUUGAUACUCUUCUGCUUCUUCAAAACUCCUCUCCAGGGUUGUCCGACAUCAGUUAUGUUGGCGGUAGACGAUUAUCUUGCUAAGGUAACUGGAAAUUAGGUAUUUCUCAGACUGUCAGGAGAGUCCUAUAUCUAACUCGGCGAGUGACUCGGCAGAGCUCAAAUUGAUGGUCAAAUUGGAAGAAGGCUAUUCUAAAAUUUAAUAAAGCUUGUCAGAUAUUCGCCUCUUCUUCAUCAGCUAAUUUAAUUAAGCUAUAUCAUGUCGUUGAUUAUUUAUUUAUUUACUGAAAAAUAGCCUGUGUCUCUCCGCGUCUUUUUAUUACGCAUAUUUAUUACUACAUUUUCUUAUUUAUAAUAUUACUAUAAGAUUAAGAAUGUACUUUUUUAGUUAAUAUCUGUGCCUAUACCUUUUUUUCUAACUUGUCUUACUAUGUAAACAAUCAUAAUGGUUCAAAAUACGUGCUUGUGCAACAUUAAAAAAAAUGAAAGCUAAAGCGAUUUUCGUAACAAAUGUAUGAUUUUUUUACAUCUUUUUAUUAUUUAUAAAAAGUAAUGAAAAGUAUUUUACUAGGCACAUAAAAAGACAACUGUGUAAUAAUUUCUGUACAGAAUUAUGAAUUGAAAUUAUUUUCAAUAUAUUGACCUGUGUCUGUAAAUUCGCCAUAGUAGGUGCUUUAAAGCUAACUUUUAAUAACUAUUUUUGCCCAUUUAUAGAAAAUAAGCAAAGAUAUAGUCUGUAUAUGCAUGAUAUAUAUUUUCGGGAUCUGGGUAGGAAGUGUCAAUUCCACUAACAAUAGUAUUUGUCUAUUAAAUAUAUAUAAACAGUUGGUGCGAGAAAGUGCAGUUUGUUAUUCGCACCUGUACUUUUCACCACGAAUAUAGUUUAAAAGUUAUUUAUACUGGAAACAGUUAUUGUGUUGUCACACAACUUGUUAUUAUGAAUAAAACAUUUGUAUCUUUUUAA